UUGAAAGUGAAGGAUUCGUUGUUUAAUGGAGUGGAACUUGAAAGCUGCUUCCUGGGAUUUGAGUGAUUUUGUUGAGCAAACUGUGACAAACACAGAUGAAAUCUCUAAAGGAGAUUCCGAGGUUGAUUUGGAGCUCGGUCAAGUGGGAAAUUCAGGGGAAAUUCCGCCUGACAAAUGGAUGGGGGCCGGGGUUUUGAGCAUGGAGUCUUCGAGUUUUAAGAAGGCUCGAAUCAACGAUAUCGGGACUCGUCCGGUUUCGUGCGUCGUCGAUGAAUGCGAUUCGGACCUUAGUAAGUGCAGGGAGUACCAUAGGCGCCAUAAGGUGUGUGAGCUCCACUCUAAGACUGCACAAGUUAUGAUCAAUGGACUAAAGCAGCGUUUUUGUCAACAAUGCAGCAGGUUUCACUCACUGGAGGAGUUCGAUGAUGGGAAGAGAAGCUGCAGGACACGUCUCGACAGGCAUAACCGGAGGCGAAGGAAGCCUCAACCGGAUCCCCUCUUACAUUCUCGAACCGGUUUCUCCAAUUACCAAGGUUCUCAGAUGUUGCCAUUCUCUGGUUUGCAAGUAUAUCCAUCCACUUCUGUGGUGAAAGCUACUUGGCCUAGAGCAAACGACUCCGUGGCCGAAGCUUGCUGUCUUAACCCGAAGCAGCCGAUCAACUCGCCUGCAAAACAAAACCUUGUUCUAGGAUCCCCUUCAAGCAACUACAGAGAAGGUAAGCAAUGCAUGCUCCUGCAAGGGGAGGAUCAAACACCUGUGAAAGCUUCCGUAUGCCAGCCAGUUCUUGGGGCUGUUGCGGCUUUCUCUGAAGGCAACGGGAGCUGCCAUAGCUUGUUGCGUGACGGGUUGACACCUCAAGUUCGGGAUUCAGAUUGUGCUCUCUCUCUUCUGUCAUCUCCACUGUCGCAUACACCCGGAAUCGGUUCAAGCAACACGGUGCAAUCCUUGGGUCCGAGCCUGCAAAACUACAUUAUAGAGCCAAUGGGUUCAGUUAUUGCCAAUGUCAGCACGACUACUACGGUCCACGGCGCAGGAAUGUUUCACCUGGAUUCCGGUGAAUCAUCUGGAAGUGAAGCCCCUCGAACUCUUCCCUUUCACUGGCAGUAGGAAAUUCAAAACCUUUGCCCCUCAAACACUUCCCUUUUGUUAUUUCUUUGCUCGGGUUUGGAUUCAGACUUCGUUUUACUUUUUCUCAAUCC